AUGACUUUGGAAAAUGGUUCUGUGAUCCUGGAGAGUGCUGCUCUUCCUGUGAUGGAUGGAGAAGAUGUGACUCUGAGCUGCAGAACCAAAAAUUCUUCCUCCAACAUCCAAGCUGAUUUCUAUAAAGAUGGAGUCCACAAGUGGACAAGCUCCACAGGAAAUCUGAGCCUCAAAACAGUCUUAAUGUCUGAUCAAGGAUACUACAAAUGUCACAUCUCUGGAGUUGGAGAAUCACCACAGAGUUGGCUGCAUGUUGAAGUUUCAGGAUUUCCUACCAUUGAUCCAGAAGUUCAUAAAGACUCAAAUCCUGCCCCCUCUCUCCCCCCAAUUACACCAUGGAUCAUCAUCGCCGUUUUGUUGAUGCUUCUCUUGAUGGUUGUGGGACGACAUCACUUUGGCAGAUUUGCCUUUAGCAGAGAUACACAGACAGUGCCUGAUUCAAGGCCAUCAGAGCAUCAGACAGAUAAAGAUGGAGUGUCAGCCAUUUAUUACGCUUUGGGCCUAAAUGGUGCUCCACAGCCAGCAGUAGAGUCCAGCAUUCCCUCAGCGUCCCCCAUUGACAGUGACGUUCACUAUUCUACAAUUCAGGAUGUUGCUAAGUGCUGACUGAAAGAGGCAGUUCUACAUGGAAACCAGGAAGUAACACAGUUAGAGCCAGUAUUGUACAAACAAAAAAAGAAAAAGAAAAAAAAAAGAAGCAGACAUACAGGUUGUCGAGUUUAUCACGUUUUGAUAGCGUGUGCACUUUAACCAAGGUAUCAGAGAGGUUUCGGUUUAUUUUCGUCAGCCAGUUUAACCAACUUGUUCCAUCAGCCUCAUCUGUUCACACAGUUUCUCCCCAGAUGAACUCUGCAGCUGCUUCUAAACGUGCUGAGGUUUUCUAUGUAUCUGAAGGGGUUGUAUUCCUUUUUUAGGCUGUGGUCAGCAACGAGACAAAGGUUUCAUGUCAGAGAAUAAAAGUUAUGU